AUGGCGGGCAGGUUUAGCCCCUGUGGUAGUUCUGCUGCUGGCGGCGCUGCUGCUGGGGCAUUGCGCGCGGACGAGGCGCAGCUCGCGCCAUCUUCCGCUUCCGCCCCGAUCUCCCCCCCCACCCCCAGCUCUCAACCUGCGCCCUUCCCUCCGCGCACCAAGGGCCUUCUGCUGCACGCUGCGCCGGGCGUGGACUUGGGGCGGCCCGCGGGCAUUCACCCGCUGCGCGGGCAGCCCGCGUGGGACGACGAGGAGGAGGAAGGGGGGGGCGCGGGGAGCGGCGCUGGCGGAAGCGGCGGCACUGUCGCCUCGAGCGCAAUGGGGGAGGGCAGCGGGGGACUGGGCGGCGGCGGGGCCGGCGGCGGAGGGAGCGGCGCGUUUCCGGUGCACGGGGAGCUGACGAUCUCGUCCGCCGCAACGGCGGCGUCGUCGCGCGCGUUCCAGCGCGCGUGCCAGUCGCUGACGCCCGACGCGGCGUGGAUCUGCUACAAGGGCGGAGACGUGCUGGCGCAGCCGAAUCUCGCGCUGUACCUCGUGUGGUACGGCGACUGGGACAACGACCGCAAUGGCGGCGACAGCGGGCGGAAAUACAUCCGCCAUUUCAUCAACAACCUCGGGAUGCCCGGAUUGGUACGCGUGCGAGGGCGGAACGGGGGAAGCUGGGCGGAGCCGAGGGGGAGGGGGAAGGGAAGGCGGUUGGGAGGUGGCAUCUCCCUUCCAACUUCUCCGCCGCUCCGCGUCCCGCACCCCCCUGCCCGCGCGCUUCCCCUCCCCCGUUCCGCCCGCCAGGAGGGCCUGCCGUCGCCCAACAGUUGGUGGCAGAUCGUGCGCCAGUACGCGGACCGCGCGGGCGUGAAACCCGGAGCGCAAGUGACUAUAAAGGGCGAGCACGAGAACAAGCAGUACUCGCAGGGGCGGCACCUGGGCGCUGACACGUCGAGCGUCUUCAAUAUUGUCAUCGAUGCGAUUAACGCCGGCGCGCUGCCGUUCGAUCCCGCGGGCGCUUACGUCGUGCUGACGUCGGAUGACGUCACGCUGGCGAGCGCGGACCAAUCGCAGGUGGGUGGUUGGGUGGGACGAGGCGAGGAUGGGGAGGUUGGAAGGCAUGCGCGUACUGGGCGUGCUACCUUCUCCGCCAUGCGGGUGGGUUAUGUGCCGUGUGGAUUCGUGGCCCGCACGCACCUACCACCACACCACCCCUGUAUACGCCAUGCUCCUCAUGUUCCCCCUCCUUCCUCCAACCCCCCCUUGCCCUCCUCCCCCUCCCCCUUCUCCUCCCACUCAUCCUGGCACCCCUACCUCGCCUCACUGCCUCCAUAUAUCCCCUCUCCCUCCCUGUCGCUCUUCCCCGUACCCCUCCCUCCCCCUCCCCCUCCCCCUCCCCCUCCCCCCUCCCCCCCUGCCCUGGAUCCUCAUUGUGCAUGGCGCAUGGCGCAAUGCGGGCAGUCGUUCUGCGGGGUGAAGGGCAAGGGGUACUGCGGGUGGCACCACCAGUCGGGCGUCAUGCUCGGCCCCAACGACAGCUACCCGCUCACCUUCACGCACGUCGGCAACGCGGCGACGCAGUGUGCGGCGGGGUGCAUAGGGGGCUUUGGCACGUACAAGCUGCCCAACAGCGGGUUCUGGGGCGUGGACGGCAUCGUCUCCAUCCUCGCCCACGAGCUCGCUGAGCUCGUCACCAACCCUGAUGGCAAGUCAGGGUGGACGGGCAACAACGGGGAGAUUGGCGACAUGUGCUCGUUUGACUUUGGGGCUGUCACGGUGGGCGUGGACGCGGGAGGGCAGUCGUUCGGCUACAACAUGGCCGCUGCUGACGGCUCCGUCUUCCUCAUUCAACGCCUCUGGAACGCCUUUGCUCCCAUUGGCCAUGGUAGCUGUGCAGUGGAGCUGCCCAAGGCCCUCACCACGCCACCCUCCUCCUCCUCCACCUCCUCCCAGAGCGUCCAAUCCUCCUCCGCUUCAACCCCUCCCACCACACCUACAUCCUCUCUCCCAGCAACCCCUCUCUCCACGCUCGAAGCACCCAAGCAGUGCAAGGCAGUGCAGGCUCAGGCAGCAGCGUUCACAGGAAGCAUCGGCGGGGGCAACUGCUGCAGCGGGUACUCAGACGCGUUUGUGCGCGUGCCGUGGGAUCUCAGCUGCAGCAGCUUCUGUGUGUGCGUGGGUGGCGUGGCCAGCUUCCAAGUGUCCUGCCCUCCUGGCACCAUCUUUGACUCAGCACGCUCCCUCUGCUCUGCUCCUUCUCCCUCCAACACCUGCCCAUAA